UAUUACGGAAAGAUCUGGGGGUAAACUUGGGCGCACGUUUGCACGCAAAGUGUGAAGGGCUCGUUCGAUCGCUGCUACAUCUGUUAUCAAACCCCUUCAAGCCAGACAAGCUAAGACGUCGUUUUGUCUCCCAACUUUAGCAUAUCGAUUUCGCGAUUAACCCUACGGACUGCGAAACUAGGAACGCGUCAAAGCCCGAACUUGCCGAGACACACAUAGGAAAUCCAUCCGUGCACCUUAAAAGCAUAUUUAUUAUUAUUUCCCAGUGCGUGCCUUGAAGAGAAAUGCACGCCUCAGCCCGACGUGUUGAUUUUCAAAGCAAUCGAAGCGGUGAUCAGUCCUGAGCGUCUACUUGGCUCUUGAACUGAAAAUCCGACUACCUCGCGUCUCCUAUACUGAUUACUUUUAUGGCUUUACAGAUAAAAGUCUUUUGGGAAUUGCCCGCAAUGUUCAUAGCACUGCUCGCCAUUCAAAGCUCGAGUUAGUUUUGUCUGCGGUGGUCAAUCGUGGCUUUACGAUUUCCAUUUAUUGAGUGCGAAAGCAGACAGUUCGCGCAGUGCGCAAGCUCACAAGUCACGCAUCGCAGCGCUCGUAUACCCACGUGGGAGUUGUAUUUGUUCGUCUGUCGAGUGGUUGGACCCACCUACCGAGCAUUCUGGUUGGUUAGUCGCCGUGUUGAUGAGGUACAGCGUGAAUUGUGCUUGUGAUCGCAGCCCGUCUGGGAGCUCGUCAAGUUCGCCCGCUCAAAUCGCACGCCGGCGUCUCAAGUAACGUGAAUUCAACAUCUCAAACGUGUUUUCAGAACUCCUGCACCUCGUGUGAUUAUAGCUGAGGCGUUAAAUUUUGGAAUUACUCGCUGAGCUUGUAUUCACGCGCUCAAGGCUCGUGAGAGGGAUGAUCAGACUCACGUUACGGAUCGCUUGUGACCGCUAGUACAGCUUCGCGAACAUUGUUUGGUUUACGUUCUUCGAUAACACGAUCCAUGAUGGGAGCUGGUACGGAAGAACCGCCAAAGUCCAAGCGUGGGGAACACAGGGAAAAGCGUAUGAGCUCAGUUCCUGAUUACGAUGAAUCUGUGCCGAGAAAAAAGCGACGUCGCUGCGGUGUUUGUGAACCGUGCACUCGUAAGGUGAACUGUGGAGAUUGUAGCAACUGUGUAAACCGUAAAACAGGCCACCAGAUAUGCAAGUAUCGCAAAUGCGUUCAGCUACGAAAGAAGUCUAGCUCAAACCGUGAUAGUAGCAGCGCGCAGAGGCAAGAUCUCGACGACUCGCCACCAGCGUCGCAAUCUAGUCGCGUGAGCAACGAAAAAUCCACUCCAGACAGCGAUGAAAAUGAAGGAAUGAGCGAUUCGAACGAGCGCGAGAACAAACCGCAACCUUUUAACACUCAUAUGGACACAGACGAAGAGGUAGAAUCCAAGCCAGCGAGCCCUGAAUGCAAAGACGACAAGAACGAACAGACUCUGCCGUCUCCUGUUAGCGAGAUGCUUGUCGCCACAUCACCGGUUCAGCCGUGCCCCGAGGUAGACGAGCCAGCAGUGAUCGCCCGCUCGUGCGAAUCCACACUCCCCAAGCCCGAGCCAGAAUCUCCGGCAAAACCCCCCGAACAACGCGUAGGGGACGACGGCGAAGUUGCCCCAUGUAACUGCCAAGUUUUCACUAAAGAGGAGGGGCCACCAUUAUAUGGGCAAAUGGGCGGAGCUGCCGACUAUGAUUCCCUGAGGGGUAUGCUUGAACAAAGAUUUGGAAUUAAAGGCAAAGCCUUAAGAAUAGAGUUGAUCAUAUACACUAACAAAGAAGGCAGGAAUGCUCAAGGUUGUCCAAUAGCAAGAUGGGUUAUCAGGAGAUCUGGAAAUGAUGAAAAAGUGCUUGUCCUUGUGCGCAAGAGACCAGGUCAUCACUGUAGUAUGGCCCUGGUUGUCACAUCUGUCGUGAUAUGGGAGGGUAUUUCGGAAGAGCGUGGCCACUCCCUCUACAAGGAGCUGUCUGGGCUCAUACCUGAGAAUGCUGCACCAACCAUACGCAGAUGUGGACUAAAUGACAGCAAAUCGUGCGCCUGUCAGGGGGUGGGAGAGGACACUUGUGGCGCCUCUUUCUCAUUUGGCUGUUCGUGGAACAUGUAUUUCAAUGGCUGCAAAUUCGCCAGGAGUAAAAGCCCGAGAAAAUACAAACUGCUUGAUUCGUCAAAAGAGGAAACAUUGGAGCGAAUUCUCGAAGGAAUCGCUACUGAAAUCGCUCCGAUUUACUCCAAGGCAGCUCCAGUCGCAUUUGCCAACCAGACAAGAGAAGAGCGCAAUGGUGACGAGUGUCGUAUCGGCCACAGCGCUGUGGGGCGGCCCUUCAGCGGGGUCACGUGUUGCAUGGACUUCUGCGCCCACAGUCACCGUGACAAGCAGAACAUGGACGGUGGCGCCACUGUGGUUUGCACGCUGCUCAAGCCUGGUUGCGCCCAACCAGAAGACGAGCAGCUUCAUGUACUUCCGCUCUACCAGCUCCUCAGCAAAGACGGCACCACGGUAGACCCUCCCAAUUACGUCAUGCCUCGGCAUUUCACAUCCCCGACACCGGGGCUUUCACCAGGAUACAAAACCCCGUCUAAGGAUGACAAGGGCCAAGCCAAAACCUCCUCCGAGAAGGAAACUUCCAAGAAAGACUUACCACAGCCGCCUCCAGGCGAGAAAUACCCGUAUAUGAAUGGACGAUACGAUGGAAUGUUUGGAGACCACUUCUCUGGCAACGCCGGCCAUAGCAACGGCGUUGCUAAGCACCCAGCGUAUGGCUACCCAAGCUCUGUCGUGCAUCACCACCCGGCGUCUAAUCAUUACAUGGGAGGAUAUUAUAAUGGCCAUAAGGCCGGCCCAUAUGGGUAUUACCCCCCAUACAUGAGUAAUAAUUUGUUUAUUGACCGGAUGCGAUCGUCCGAGGUUCAUUGGGUGGACGAGAAUCACAUUCCGUACGUGUACCGGACGCAUGGUGGACCGCACUUCCACGGCGGCCCGCAAGGUGUCGAAUACGGGGACGAACGCAAUGUGCAAUAUCCUGGUGGGGUUUGGCUUCCACGUCCCAACAUGCCCUACACAGACGAGCCCCUCCGAAAUGGUACCCACGGCGGCGGCGAGUGCACCAAACCAAAGACUGUUAUCCAUCACUUUAGCGAUACCACAGAUUCACAAAAACCGCAAUCACAGAUCAAAUACGUGGACGAAAAAGACGUCCCCGUCAUUCGCUCCAACAGUCCCAACGUCUCGCAGAUCCACUCGACCCCAUCGAAGAACCAUGCCCAGGGGGAGGAGGGCAUGGACGCGGCCCCACCCAGGAAACCCUUCAAGGUAGACGAGGCGAUGGGUGGAGUCGCUCUCGCCCUUAUUCACGGUUCUCUACUAAUAGAAGUCGCCAAGAAGGAACUUCAUGCGACAACACCCCUGAAGUCCCCUCACCGCCAGUCCCCGACUCGCAUCAGUCUCGUGUUCUACCAGCACAAGCAGCUGAAUACGAGGAACCACGGACUGGACGAGUGGGAGCAGAAGGUGGAGAGGAAGCGGCUACAGAGGGAGGAGGAGCAGGAGAAGGCGGAGGCUGCUGCUUUGGGCGUGGCUUCGGGAGGGGCACAGCCUCCUCCAACUACUUCCUCUGUCACGGGGUACUUGGACAUGUUGGCCGAGACCGCGCUGUCCCGAGAGGAUAAGGACUCCGUGGUGCAUCACCAUCCUAUAAUUAGGAAAGUGGCGGGCUCUGGGACUAGCGGGCAGGUGGACCAGGUGAAAGAUAACUCGGGUACUGUGGCUCCUAUCAACGAUAAAACGUCCGAGAAAAGGCCCAAGGAGAACGAGGGUGGUCUUCGGGAGAUGCCCGGUCGUCGGGAUGAGUCCAGAGACCCGGGGUGCUACACGAAUGAUCGGAUGGCCCAGGAACAAUUACAAAAACUCCGGGAGCUGCGGGAAAGUGAUAUUGUGCGGCACUUGCAUGGAUGGCCGCGAGGGCAGUCGCAGUACCGUCGGGAUGAGUUGCCUAGCAACGGCAUGCCUCUAGGGGACGCCGCACCGGUCAUGGAGCGAUCGCCGAGACCUGAACAUGAACAGCAGGCUAGGAUGGGUGUGGCUAGGGUAAAAGAGGAGGAGGGCGCUAGGGGCGAGAAGGAGGAGGCGGUAGCCGCGCCCUCCGGUUCAAAUUUCAGCGUGUUGAGGUUGCUGGGGUCAGACGUGCAGGUCAAGAAGCCGGAGGUUGCCCCUCGGACAUCUGCUUCCUCCUCCUUCUGCAUCAACAGUAUCCUCGGCGGAAGCUCCGACAAGCCGGCUGAGACUCGGGAAGGGGAUGCCACCACCGAUAAGCCGCCCGAACCAUCCAAACCCAAGACGCCAGAGGCGACGGUAUCGAACGAAAAACACCUGGACUCAGUGAAGCCCCGCGGCGAUGCUCCAUACCCCGAGAGAAGACCCUUCAUGGAUGCACCUCCGAGGCACUAUGCGCCGCAUCUACAAUAUGGCGCCCACCAGGGACAUAUGUGCAAUGGGCUCCCGGAGAAGGGACACUAUGCAGACGUCGGGGCUUAUGAGCACGCUAUGGAUACUCGCUCUCCUGGGUACCCCUACAAGAUGGGGGUCCCGUUCGCGGCGUACCCCGGUUUUUUUAUGCCUCCGUUUAAUCCCCUCCUCACCGCGAGUAAUGGCCUGGCGUCAAACCUCGCGCUGGUCAAUUCACGGACUUAUGUACCGCCGUCACUGGCGGGCGACUGCUUGCGUUCUGCUAAACACUUUGGCGACCCUACGCUCACGGCUAUGUCGACGGCGAACCGGAACGGACUCAAUUAUCCCAUGGACUCUCUCAUUACAGUCGCACCAUACUCGCAGACAUGUGUAACAGGACAUUAUCAAAACUGGCUAUAGCUUCGUAUAGUGUAGGGGUUUUAUACGGGGUGUGGUUUUUAGAUUUCGUUAACAAUCCAUAUACACCAGGUGACGCGUGUAGUGCUUGUCAAGUAUGCAUUAGGGAAUUUGCGCAAUGCUUGUCAUGCACACACUAGGUGAUGUGCGCCGGCUCGUCAUCUACACACUAGGUGAUGUGCGCAGCACCUAUCAUGUACACACUAGGUGAUGUGCGAAGUACUCGUUAUGUACACACUAGGUGAUGUGCGCAGUGCUCGUCAUGUACACACUAGGUGUUGUGCGCAGUGCUCGUCAUGUACACGAUAGUGGUGUUCGCCGUGAUCGUCAUGUACACGAUAGGGUUAUGUAUUUCCCUGUUUUAUUUCACUGGGUCAUAUUGAUAAUACUUGCAUUUUAAAGGGGUUUGGUGUGAAUUCUCGCUGUGCGAGAGGGAGAUAGUUCGGGUUUUUGAUUAAGUGACGGGAAUCGAAUCAAAAGCAGUUUGGGUUCUGCAAAAACCACCCAACAUUUUAGGGGACAAAGGAUUUAGAGAUCAUAUAAUCUUUAUUCGCGGAUCUGGUUACUUCAAGUAUGCUUCGUUUGGAUAAUAACGAAUACUUACCUACGGCUAAUGUGUAUAUGUAAAAGUUUUCUAAACCAAGUUACUCCGGACAUACUGUUCUUGUAUUAAAAAAAAAACUAAAAAUCAACAUUGAACAAUGACAAGGUCGAUCUUAAAGUGGCAAUGUCAUCAGUUAAAGCCGCAUUGUCACCAGUUCACUUCCGGAGGUCCGACGGAAACCUCAACAGU